GCGCUCUCUCCCGGCCCAGUCAAGCCCUCGACCCCGUCAUCAUCGAGAUGAGCAAGUUCAUGAACAAGCUCAGCGACAAGUUCGACGACCUGUCGACCAAAGCCGAGCGCUUCAAGGAGACCGUCGCGUAUGCCGUCAACCCGGACCACCGCCACGACGAGGAGCACGAGAAGGCCGAGGACGAGGCGCGCAUGCAGCUCAGGCGGGAGCACCGCUUCGAGUCGUUCGCACCGGUGCGCGACGGCAACCUCGCCAAGUGGUACAUCAACGGUCACUCGUACUUCUGGGCCCUGAGCGAGAUCAUCGAGAACGCCAAGGAGACCAUCUUCAUCGCGGACUGGUGGCUCACGCCCGAGCUCUUCCUGCGUCGCCCGCCCGAGGCGCACCCCGAGUUCCGCCUCGACCGCCUCCUCUUGCGCAAGGCCGAGCAGGGCGUCGACAUCUACGUCAUGGUCUACAAGGAGGUCGUCCAGUCGAUGUCUAUGAGCAGCGCGCACACCAAGCACCACCUCGAGGACCUUCACGAGCGCAUCCGCUGCGUGCGUCACCCCGACCACCUCGGCGGCGAGGUCACGCUCUUCUACAGCCACCACGAGAAGAUCGUCGUCGUCGACAACCUCGUCGCCUGCAUCGGCGGCCUCGACAUCUGCUUCGGCCGGUGGGACACUGGCGCGUUCCCGCUCGCCGACCUUCACCCGACCGACAUGUCGCGCACGAUCUUUCCCGGGCAGGACCUCAACAACGCGCGCAUCCAGGACUUUGUCGAAGUCGACAAGUGGGCCGCCAACAACCCGCAAAGGACCGAGGCGGCGAGGAUGCCGUGGCACGACGUUCACUCGAUGCUCGUCGGGCCGGCCGUUCUCGACAUCUCGCAGCACUUUGUCGAGCGUUGGAACUUCAUCUGCGGGCUCAAGUACCGCCACAAGUCGCGCUACCCGCUCCUCGCCUUCCCGCACAUCGACGGCCUCAACGACGGCAUCUCGCGCCAUCCGCACUUUGAGCGACUCAAGGAGGAGGGCCGUCACUACUUCUGCCACCACAAGGAGCCCGGCGAGGAGGGUGCGCACUCGCCUCCUGUCGGCGGCACUGGCCUCAAGGGCUCGGCUCGCGUCCAGGUCCUGCGCAGCGCGAGCGACUGGUCGCACGGCAUCCACCCGACCGAGGCGUCGAUCCAGGCCGCCUACUGCCAGAUGAUCGCCGAGUCAAAGUCGUUCGUCCUCCUGUCGAACCAGUUCUUCAUCACGAGCGCCUCGUCCGACCCGAAGAGCCCGGUCAAGAACCUCAUCGGCCAGGCCCUCGUCCAGCGCGUCCUGAGCGCGCACAAGCGCGGCGAGAAGUUCAAGGUCGUCAUCAUCAUCCCGGCCAUCCCGGGUUUCGCGGGCGACCUGUACGGCAACUCGGGCACGCUCGCCAUCCUCGGCGCCCAGUACUUUUCCCUGUCGCGCGGCGGCAACUCGAUCUUUGAGCUCCUCGAGCGCGAGGGCGUCAAUGCGAGCGACUACAUCGAGGUCUACAACCUGCGCUCGUUCGACCGCCUCAACUACGACCCGGAGCGCAUCAAGCGCAUGGAGGAGGCGUCGGGCGUCACGCUCUUUCAGGCCCAGGCUGCUCUUGCGAGGGUCUACCUCGGCCAGGACGCUCUCGCCUCGGAGCUCGAGAAGAACAAGACGGUCAAGUUCACGAUCCCGCAGGAGGGCGGCGAGGUCCAGAUGCUCGACGGCAAGGACAACAAGGGCAAGGCGGCCAAGCCCAACCCGGUCGUCCAGGUGCCGCUCCCGGCGUCGUACGACGAGGCGUGGGCCACGAUCCGCCGCUUCGAGGGCGCCGACUCGAUCCGCGACAGCAUCGCCGACUCGAUCUCGCACCUGAGCCAGGCCGGCACGGGCUCGGUCGUCGACGAGCCGUGGAGCGGCGACGAGGCGAGCGAGCGGCGCGCGUUCGUCACCGAGGAGCUGUACAUCCACAGCAAGCUCCUCAUCGUCGACGACCAAAGGUGCCUCAUCGGCUCGGCCAACAUCAACGAGCGCAGCAUGCUCGGCGACCGCGAUUCGGAAAUCGCCGUCGUCAUCGAGGACUUCGACGACCUCAUCCCUUCGCGUCUCGACGGCAAGCCUGUCAUGGUGUCGCGCUUCGCUGCGACGCUCCGCCGCCAGCUCUACAAGGACCACCUCGGCCUCUCGGCCCCCGAGAUGUGCCCGCCUGUCGGCGACGAGCCUGUCACGGCGUCUAUGCGCCCUGUCGGCACCCUGCACGACGACGCGACCGGCUCCCAGGAGGACGAGCUCGUCAUGGACCCGCUCGACCCGCGCACCGAGGCGCUCCUGCGCGACACGGCGGCGAGGAACGCCGAGAUCUUCGACGACCUCUUCCACUGCGUCCCGUCCAAGAACGUCGAGACCUGGGCUCAGUACAAGGCGUUCGUCCCGCAGGCACCCAUCAAGCCCGGCCACAUCGCGAGCCUCGACAUGCCCGUCUCGCACAUCAAGGAGCAGCUCUCGCAGAUCAAGGGCCACAUCGUUACCUGCCCGCUCAACUUCCUCAAGGGCGAACGCCUCUACGAGCUCAGCGCCGAGGUCAACAAGGCGACGCUCCCGAUCUACCUUUGAGUGUGUGCGUCGGGUGACGAGAGCGCCGUGUGUGUCGGACGAGUCGAAGAACCGGGUCGACGAGGAGAAGAAGCUUGUCGUACAUAGCUGUGGACAUUCUGUUUCGCGUCUGCAUCACAUUUUCCUCGUUUACGUCUCGU